AUGAACGUUUUUAGGGGACGAAAAGUCGUGAGCAGAGAAGGACUACAAGUUGACCUUUCUGUUGCUCUAGAUAACAAAAUCGUUGGAUUGUUUUUCUCUGCCAGUUGGUGUCCGCCCUGUAGACGCUUCCUUCCACUGCUGGUUGAGUUCUACGAGAAGCUGAGAGAGCGCGAAGCUCCUCUAGAGAUCGUUUUCAUUUCGUCGGACGUGAGUUCUGCAGAUAUGAGUGAAUAUAUGCGUCACCAUGGCAACUGGUUGAGUCUUGCUCACUCGGAUGUGUAUGCCAGACAACUGAAGCAGCGAUAUUCUGUGUGGACGAUACCCAAGCUUAUUGUCGUUGCGCCUGAUGGCGAGAUUGUGACGACGAGAGGGAGGGCCGAGGUGACCGAAAUGGGAAUCGAUUGUUUCGAUGAUUGGGUGACGUCGUGUGCUCGACUGUGUAAUGAGAAUGAUGUUGAUGAUGUUGAUGGACAGGAUGAUGACCCCGAGAGAGGCAAACAUAGUGCAACUUUUGUAGCCGUAGACGGCACACGCAGUGAUAGUCAAGAGAAUGACAUUCUUUAUACACAAACAUGAAUGUGAGAUAUAAUAGGCAACAAGUAAUUAAAAUGUUAGGUUUAUAAUUUUAUGCGUGUUGGUGUAUGAGCCAGUUACAACACACGUGUGAAACCACAUGGUCUUAUGCACACGUGACGGCUAGCACACGUGGUCGUGAGAUCAAGAGCAGCACAGCUCGCGCA